GGCAGCGGCAGCAGUGCGCACGAGCGGAGGAGGAGGAGGAGGAGCGGCAUGGAGCGGUGCUGUGCGCAAACAAGGGCCGCACGUUGACGACGGCGGCGGCGGCGGUGGCGGGUGACCAAGCAGAUAGUCGCGCGGGUCACACACACAAACACGAUCGUCCAGUGAGGAUGUGGGGCUGCGAGCACUGGUAUCUCUUUGACUGCUCGCUGACCGCCAAGAGGCGACUCUGCUGCGGUUGCUCAGACACGCGCGAGAAGGCGGCUGCGUAUGUGAAGUAUGUCGACGGCCAGGGCGACGUGCUGGCGGCCACUCAGUGGGAGUACUACUGUCCUGGGUGCCAGAAGGCCGGCUCGGAGAUGGCUGGACGGAAAGACCGCGGGCUGCGGUAUCUCAGCUGGCUGAGGAGGAAGAAAGACGUGGCGACGACGACGACGACGACGAUGACGACGGAUGAAGUUUCGUGAAAGUACUUGAUACUAGGACAGAGAACGGAUUCGCUGCG